GCCGCCCGCGCGGGCGCACGCGCGCUGUCUCCCGCCGCCGCGGGCCGGGAAGCGGCCGCCGCCGGGACUCGGGGUCCCCCAGAAGAAAAUGGUGUAAGGCCAGCCAGUGCAGCUGCCACUUCCAACCGCGGCGUGCCCAGACCUCAGGGAGGAACAUGGCAGCAGCUCAGGGAGCAGGAAGCAGUUCAGCCGGGCCAUCCGGACUCCCCGGUUCUGCCCCGGGGCACAGCAGCAACUCCACAGCAGUGGCGGUGUGGGAAUGGCAGGAUGAAUUUGGCAGGUGGAGGCCGUACCGAGGGAACGUCUGCAGCUAUAUUGAACAGGUUUUUCAGGCCUCUCAGCAGAAGGGCCAGCGUUCAGGGUCGGGGCCUGUCAGCAGCAUCCCUUUGGGACACGCGGAUCCUGUCUUGGCCCCCUAUGUCAUCGACAUCCCAAGCUUGACGCAGUUCCGGCAGGAUACAGGGACGAUGCGGGCCGUCCGCAGGCACCUCUUCCCCGGGGACUCCGCUGCUGGGCAGGGCAUUGUCUGGGAGUGGCAGAACGAUGAAGGCGGGUGGUCCCCCUAUGAGAUGAACGUCUGCGUGUUCCUGGAGGAAGCCCGUGCCACGAACCACCAGCGAGUCGAUCUCGGACCCUUGGGCUACAACUAUGAAGUUGACUUUGUUGCUCAAGUCCAGACCAACAAGACCACGAGGUUCCGUCGCAGCGUUCAGAGGCGCUUGGACGCCCCGUACCCGGUGACGGCCUCCCCGGCACCUCUUCACACGGGGGUGGCUUGUUCUUGCCAGCAGUGCUGGCUAAACAGCGGGACUGGUCCCAUCACCACGCGCUACCGCCACUCCAUGAUAAACUUUCCCAACUCUUCCACUACUCAUCAGGUUUCCGGUAGGACAGCAUCAGUAAGUUCUUCCAGUGUCGGCUUCGUGCCCUAUAACAAACCGACUUUGUCUGGAGCAAGGUCAACACCAAGACUCAAUGCACAGAGCACCUGGGCUUUGUCUCAAGCUGGGGGCCCCAGCACAGGACUGUCUGCAUCUAACGGAGUCAGUGCCCCAAACCUGCCGGUGAAGAUGCCCAAACCCAGCAAGGUGAACCAGGCCCUGGCAGGCAUGACGGCUAUUCUGAUGUCAGCCGCUGGACUCCCUGUGCACCUCACCUGUGUGCCGCAAGCUGCCACCACCCAUAAAGCCACUAAAAAACACAGCUCAGUUAAGGAGGGGAGGAAAGUGUCCAAGAAAGCGACACCAACCGAGCCAGAAGCAGUGGUGAAGAAGUACCUGGAAGAGGUGAAGGGCUCUCCUGCUGAUGAGGACUGUAUCAUCUGCAUGGAGAAGCUGUCCUCCCCCUCGGGUUAUGGCGACGCAUGUGAGGGCGGCACGAUCAAGCCAGAGACGGUUGGACGUCUGACGAACUGCCAGCACUCCUUCCACAUGCUCUGCAUGCUGGCCAUGUACUCCAACGGAAACAAGGACGGGAGUUUGCAGUGCCCCUCUUGUAAAACCAUCUACGGAGAGAAAACCGGUAUUCAGCCCAAAGGGAAGAUGGAGGUCUCCACUUUCCCCCAGUCCCUCCCUGGCCACAAGGACUGCGGGACAAUCCAGAUUGUGUAUCACAUCAGCAGAGGCAUCCAGGGCCCUGAGCACCCCAACCCUGGGAUGCCUUACACGGCAAGAGGCUUUCCUCGCUAUUGUUAUCUACCAGACAAUGAGAAGGGCAGAAAGGUCCUGGAGCUCCUGAGGGUGGCCUGGAAGAGACGCCUGAUUUUCACAGUGGGCACCUCCAGCACCACCGGCGAGAGCAACACGGUGGUGUGGAACGAGAUCCACCACAAGACAGAGAUGGACACAAACCUGAGCGGCCACGGCUACCCCGACCCCAACUACCUGGACAAUGUGCUGGCGGAACUGGCCGCGCAGGGUGUCACCGAGGACUGCCUGAGACAAUGAGCUGGGCUGGGGACCCGGCUGUGCCGCGCACGCGUCGGGGGGCCACCUGGUGCACUUAUUCCUGUUGCCUUAAGUUCUUGUGUCCGACCGCCCGUCACACUGAGCAAUAACACUGUACCGCCGGAGCCCUGCCUGCUCUCUACAGUCUUUUUUUUUUCGGGAGGGAAGGAUAUUUUUGUAGAAACUGCGCUUGUGUUCCCUGGGUGGGGUUGAUGCCCAUCAGGGACGGGCUGGGAGGGCGGUCCUGAGGUGACAGACCCUCUUGCAAAGGCAGAACCUUGCCCUGGUAAUGCCUGGGGACAGGACGGGGAGAGGGGGUUUGUCUUGCUCCCACUAAACCAACUGGAAAGCGAAGGAGGGCGUCCCUCCGGCACACCGCAGCUCCCCGUCUCUGAGGCACCUCUUACAGCGAAGCCUCCUCCCUCCUGCCCCUGUAUCCCUGCUUGGUCCUUAAUAAACACUUCGUUUCCACAG